AUGACCAAUAAUGAGGAUGAUGUUGUAGCUAAUUUAAAGAAAUAUCUUCAUUCUCAAUUUAAGCUCAAAGACCUUGGACCUUUGAAAGGUCUUGAGAUUGCUCGUUCCACAAAAGGCAUUACAGUUUCACAAAGGAAGUAUGCUCUUGAGAUAUUGUCUGAUUUAGGGUAUUUGGCUUAUUGGGUUGCAUGCAGAGACACUAGAAAGUCCAUUACUGGGUUUUGUGUAUUUCUUGGACAGUCCCUCAUUUCAUGGAAAUCCAAGAAGCAAAAUACAGCAUCUAGGUCUACAGCAGUGUGGUACCCAGAAAAUCUAGUGAAGGCCAUUUUCAAUGAAGAGGAAGCAAAGCUUAUAUGCUCAAUUCCCAUUAGCAAGAGAAGGGCAAGAGAUAAAAGGAUUUGGGCAGGGUCUACAAAAGGCAUCUUCUCUGUUAAAAGUGCCUAUUUCAUGGAUAAAAAACUGUCACGCAGAAGUAUGGGCAAAUCUUCUUCAGGAGGGGGGAACAAAGGGAUAUGGAAGGAACUCUGGCAACUAGAAGUCUCGGGCAAGGUUAGAAUGUUCAUAUGGAGAAGCCUUUCUAAUAUCCUUCCAACAAAAGACAAACUAUACAAAAGGAAAAUUGUGGAUAGCAACCUUUGUCUAAUCUGUACAAGAGAGGUUGAAACCUCACUGCAUACCCUUUGGGCCUGUCCGGCAGCAAAGGAUGUGUGGGGAGGUGAUAAUAGCAAGCUCAAAAAAUGGAACAGCUCUUUCUCUGAUUUCCAGCAACGAUGGGAAGAGAUGACAGCUAGAUUAAAUAAAGAAGAUCUACAAAUGGUUGCAGUCCUAUGCUACCAUCUAUGGGGUAGAAGAAAUGUCUACAUCUUUCAAGACCAGUUUAAGAGUCCAGAAACUAUCACAGCUAUGGCUCAAGCUGAUAUUGCAAUGCUAAGGGAGAUUAAUCAGCAGAGUAGGAAUAGACUAGAAGGGAGGACAACAACAACAACUUCUAAUAAGUCUUGGCAGCCACCUGAGUGGCCUUUUUUGAAAGUAAAUUUUGAUGCAACGUAUGACAAGAUUUUGAACAGAAUGGGGUUGGGAAUCAUAAUGAGAGAUAGUGAAGGGAGCCUUCAAGCGUGUUUAACAGCCCCAAAAGAACAGGUUUUCUCAGCUGCCCAAGCAGAAAGAGCAGUCCUGCAAAGGGCCAUGGAAAUGUGUAUUGAGAUGGGUAUGAACCAAGUUAUCUUCAAAGGGGAUGCCAAAGCAGUCAUUGAUGCAAUCAAUUUGAAAAAUGAAGAUAAUUCUUGGCAUGGUCAAGAGACAGAGGAUCUACAACAGUUGCUGGAGAUUCAUUCGACUUGGAGGUUAUCCUUUGCAUACAGGUCUACUAAUCAUGCUGCUCACAUAGCAGCUAAGGAAGCCAUAAAGGAAGCUUAUGAGAAAGUUUGGCUAGAAGAUGGACCCAUGGUGGUCAAAGUUUCUGUUUUAAAUGAUGUAUCUCGAAUAUUUACCAGUUGA